CACGGGUGAUGGCAGCACAGGCGCAAAAGCCGUUGCAAGUUUGAGCAGAACCUCGGCUUGACUUCCGGUUUGGCACGAAACUUGAAAAUCUUGGGGGGGACGCACGCCCGUUGUGCUGGUUGUGCGCUGCCAGAGUGACUUCAGGGGCGGAUUUUUCGGGCCGGUUAUUAAACGCAGUUCGAAGAGCCGCAACACACGUUUGAAGACGAAGAUGUCCGUCCCGGACACCGCCGAUUCCGAAAGGCAGCUGGCUGCCAACGAACUGCGGCGCAUGGGCCUUCGAGUUCCUUGCCUCAAGUCGACGCCGUCUACGGGCAAACAGGCAACGUCUAAUGGAUGGCCGCUGUUUGGCUUGGACAUCUUGGAGCAGCCGCAGCAGCCUUCGCACCUGGUGGCUGGGUUAAUGGUGCCAUGGUUCUUGGAUGAGAGCUUCCGAGUGCUUCUUUCGCAUGCAUCGACUGAAGGCAUCCUGCGUAAGUCGGGCUCCCUUGCAAGACAGCGGCUGCUCAGGUCCUCACUGGAGACGAGUGCUUCGUUGCGAAUUGCCUCGGUGGUUCUGGCAUCCGCGCCUGUGCACGACGUGUCGGGCCUCCUGAAGCAGUGGCUGCAGCUACUGCCCGAACCUCUGCUGCCCAAGCCCCUGGUUCACUUGCUGCUCAGGUGCCAGGUGAAGCAUGGCCUGGAGGCGGUGUUACUGGGCUUGCGCCUCCUGCCGGAGGAGCGACUGGCAUGCCUGCGCCACCUGCUGGCGGGGCUGUCGCAGUUGGCGGCGGACCCCCAAAGCCGCAUGGGACCGCACAACCUCGCCGUGGUCUUGGCACCCACUCUGUGUGGCCCACCGACCGUCCAGUCGGCCAACAGGGAGGACCUGGACCGCCUGGUUUCCUUGGUGGAAGCACUGAUUGAGGCCUCCCACCUGGUGGGCAGCUCCCCGCCACCGCUACCUGGCCGCGAGGGCCGCAAGAAGACCUCAUCGGCGUGCCUGCUGCUGCACCAGCUGCGGCGCCUGGUGGUUCAGCGCAAGGGGCCCGGAGGCGAGAUGGACGCCGUGGUGCCAGACUCUGCAGCGCCUAAUCUCCCUCCUGGCUCCAAGCGCCGCAAGCCACGCGAACUCCUGCCUCGUGGACUCUCGCCUUGGAAGAGGCUUUCCCUCUCCUCUCGUGAUUCCUGGCACUCUGGAAGGGCGAAGCGCGAGGAAGGGCUGGUGUCCAGCCGGCAACAGCAAGCCGCCACGCCCGAGCUGCUCAACAACCUGCGCCAGGAGGUGGCUUUGCUGCCGCCGUUGCAGGUGGAGGACGAAGCCAGUGCCAAGCCUGAAGAUACCAAGGUACUCACCAGUGCAAAUCCUGCGGAAACAGCUGUCGCAGGCCAGGAAGAAGAGAGCCCUUUCAACAACCACACCCCGCAGCCAGAGCCAGAGCCCGCUACCAUGCCAGCGGUGCCACAGACCGUGCACUUCCUUCGCGGCACCAGCACCACGUCGUCGACCAAGAGCAUCCUUCGGCGUGGUCGGCCCAACUCCCUUCGGCCAGGGUUCCCGUUGCGGCAUAGCCCUGGCACCAGGAAGCACUCCAGCACGGGCAGCAGACCAAAGCGCCCAGUCGGCAAGGAAAACCUGGAGAGCAGCCUGCGUUUCGCUUCGCAAGGGGAGUCCAUCUUCAACGCACCUACAAUGGCAUACCUUGCGGCUGUCAAGGCCCGCAGGGAAGCGUUCAUUUCACAGCUGGUGUCCACAGGCCCACCUGGUCCAGAGCACGACUCUCAGCUUCAUCGAGAGGGCAGCGUCAAAGUGCCGCACUGUCACCUGGAGGCAGUUGUUGAAGCACCGCUCACACCCGUCACAGAAGAGCCGAAGCAAGAUCGCGACACUCUGCCCUCGGAGAAGCAGCAGGACGACGAGGUCGAGGACAUGGAUGUGGAUGAUGAUCCAGACACGGACCGGGCAAACAAUGCGGUAGAGGCAAGUCAGCUGUGCCCCCAGUCGUCUGCUCCAGCUGCUGCCGUCUCCGACUCGGCCGCACCUCCUGCGUUGCAUGAAAGGCACGAACAGACGAUUUCUGGUCCAUUGUGCAAAAGGGACGAGCAGACGCUGCCAUCUGCGUCUGCCAAGGCUCCGCCCACUUGCACAGACAGCUUCUCCUUUGCACUGCCGACGGUUCCUCCCGAGCCGUCUGCCUCAAACAAGCGGGAGAGCAUCAUCGAGAUCCGCGAGCGCAACGCAGGCAUGGUGCGGAGCAGUGUGGAAGUGUUCAACAGGGCCGCUGCUGCAGUCCACCAGAGCAGUGCGGUGACGCGCAGCCGCCGAACGGCGGUAACACGCAAGGGCUCCGCCACUGGAGCCAGUAGGCCACCGCUGCGGGAAACGAACUUCCGGUGUCCUGCCAGUCCGCAACCGGCUGCUACAAGGCGGGAGCGGCGCGACUGGCAAAUGGAACUCUAGGAGCACGUGCCUGUCCAAGCUUUUAGGCCUCGAUGUCAACGCUAUUUGCUAGUGACUACCGAAGUGGUGUUGAAGCUGCUCUUGAAGUGUCCAUGUAUGGGGGAGUUGUGGGUUUACCUCCUGCUUGGCUUUCAAAUGGGGUGAAAAGACAUGACAAGCGUUGCUUACAAGUUGUGAUUUUAAUGGAAUGCCUCUCCUUGACUUCUUUUUUUUUUGGUAUCACCUAAUAUCUGAAGAUUUUAGCUUUUAUAUUUCUAGUAAGGUCAGCUCCUUGAUUCCAAGCAUGCAGUAGCUAUUGACUAGGGCUAAUCAUGACUCGGGAGCUAUGCGUUCGAUUCCAAAUGAGAGAGAGGGGGGGGUAUGACAAAAUUCAAUUGACAUGAUUUAAAUAAAUGACAAUGCUUUUGUUCUUUCAAGUUUCUCACAA